GCGAAAUCUGAAGGCAGGAGCAACCACGCCAAACUCGCGAUUAGAGUUGCAGUUGCAGAAUAGGCUUCGGCGGAGAACGAGCACGGGACCCUGGCUAGCGAUGCCAUGGUGUAGCCGACAAAGGGUCGUUUCGGCGGGAUCCAGUGUGUUCAUGAAGCCAUCGCGCUGCCACUCGGGCUCGCUCAGAUAAAUCAGUCGCCCUUUUUCGAGUCUCGAUAUAAGAGCAUUCGCUCAUGGGAACUUUCCAAGACGUUCAUUUGUCGCCUCGGAGGCGUCGCAGGGCGUCGUGGAUGUCGCUGCUGCACAGACGGCGUCGCACGAUCCUGAUAGUCAUCGUGUCACUGUUUGCCGUCCAUGGCCUCUAUCUCUUCACUCGAUUCAAGCUCCAUGAAGGGGUGGAAUGCUCCUUCCCCUCCUCCAUUCUCCCCCUGCACGCCUCCACACCAUCUCCGUUCUCAAAAGACACCAACGACAAGUUCCUAGCAUGGGCAACAUCCCACGGCCUGUACCUGGCCCCCAAGGCACGAAUCAAACUUACACCAGACAUCCCCCCAGAGCCUCUCGAAUCCGCUACAGACAGCCCCGCUAUAAGGACCACUAGUGGCGCUGCUGGGUCUGGGACGAAGGCCAGUGGCAGCAGCAGCAGUGGCGGUGGCAGGGGGGAUAAGAAAGGGGGAAAGGGGGAGAAGGGAGGGAGCGGGGUGGUGCGUCUGGUGCGAGGGCUGGUGGCAGAGGGGGAUAUGGAGGCAGGAGACACGCUGUGCAGGAUACCGAUGUCUCUGGCCCUCUGGUCCAACACCAGCCAGGAAGGGGACUCAGAGGCCGCAGGUGGGAGAGGAGGGGCAGUGGGGGAUGCAGAAGGCGCGAAGGGGGGGAAAGGAGGCGGGAGCAUGAGGGAGAGGAUGAGGGAGCUGCGGCAGCGGGUGCUGCAGGGCAAGGCUGCUGCUGCUGGGAUUGGUGGAGCAGAGAAGAAGCGUGGAUGGGACGUGGUGGCCCUGCGAAUACUUGAAGAGAAGGAGAGGACGAGGGAGAGGACGAGGGAGAGGACGAGGGAGAGGACGAUUGGGAGAGGACGAUUGGGAGAGGAUGAUUGGGAGAGGAUGAGGGAGAGGACGAGGGAGAGGACAAGGGAGAGGACGAGGGAGAGGACGAGGGAGAGGACGAGGGAGAGGAUGAGGGAGAGGACGAUUGGGAGAGGACGAUUGGGAGAGGAUGAGGGAGAGGACGAGGGAGAGGACGAGGGAGAGGACGAGGGAGAGGACGAGGGAGAGGACGAGGGAGAGGACGAGGGAGAGGACGAGGGAGAGGACGAGGGAGAGGACGAGGGAGAGGACGAGGGAGAGGACGAGGGAGAGGACGAGGGAAAGGACGAAGGAGAGGAUGAGGGAGAGGAUGAUUGGGAGAGGAUGAUUGGGAGAAUACGCAGGAGCGUGCAGGAGAGGAUGAGGGAGCUGCGGCAGAGGAGCAAAGGGCUUCGUAUGAGGGAUUUAGCAAAGGGCGACGCCUCUCCCUGGGCACCCUACAUCCGCUCCCUGCCUCCUUCCGUUCCUCUCCCCAUCUUCCUCCCUCCUGAGGAGGAGGGCGAGGUGCAGUGGGCGUCGACCCUGGAGCAGGUGAAGCGGAUGAAUGAGGAGAUCCGAGAGACUUACCACAAGCACCACGAUUCCACUCAUCCCAACCUUUCCUUUGAUGAGUACAAGUGGGCCGUCUCAAUGGUCCACAGCCGGGCCUUCACCCUGCCAGUCAAGCCGGGCGGCAAGUUUGAGCAGUUUGUGAUGAUGCCGUUCAUGGAUGCGAUCAACCAUCAUUACAACAACCAUAUGGACUGGAUGGCAAGGCCUGUCUCAUCCGAGGGGGUGCUGGAGAUCCGACUGAAGCGGCCAGCGAAGAAGGGCGAGCAGCUGUUCACCUCGUUUGGCCCCCGCAGCAACGAAAACCUCUUUCUCUACUAUGGCUUCAUCCUAGACAACAACCCCUUCGACAGCCUCUCGCUCUUCCCCACCUUUGAGGACAGUGUGCGCUGGUUACUCGACCGCUUCUACAUGGACUGCCGCUCCGACUCCCUCCAGCGCCACAUGGCGGUUGCAGCCAUCGCAGGCGCGUCCUCCUCCGCUGCAUCUGCCGCUGUUGCCUCGGCAGCAGCCACCUCCUGCUCUCUCGUUUCCUUCACCCAGGCCUGGAAACGCGCCCGCGCCGCCCUCGACCGGCCCUCGUCGCACGAGGCCUCGAGGGGGUUUGAGAGGGAUCGGUCGCUCUGGUGGGACCUGAUGAACAGCUGGGCCGCGUUUGGCUACGAGGUGCUGCCGUACCGGGCAGGUCCGGACGUACGCCCGGCUGGGAGGAUCGACCCGAGCCUGCUCGCCGCACUUGCUUCGGCGGCCCGGUUUGCAGCUUCGGCGCCGAACCGGACGCUCCCUGCUGGUGCGUUUCCUAGGUGCCCCCCUGGAUGGAGGAGAGAGGGGAAGAGUGGGGUUGGUUGGGGGAGUGGGGGGGUUGGGGGGGAGGGGAAAGCGGGUUUGCUGUGGCCAAGGUGUUGCCGAACUAAGGCAUGGAGGGUAGUGUGCCGCAGUGAUGGUGUCGGAGGGGCUGGGUCAACAGAGUCAACGGAGUCCGCAGGGGAUGAUGGGGAGGAUGAAUUGGGGGAUGACGGAGAGGUGCAGCCACGGGAUGGCUCUACAGCUGCAGCAGCAUCUGGGGAUGCAAGGAAAGCAGCGUUCAAAGCAGCGAAAGCCGCAGAGGAUGAGGCGGCCGUGGCAGCAGCGGAGUAUGUGAAGCUGCUUAUAGUGAGGCGGUGCCGCGAGCUGAUGAUUGGCAUGGCCACACCUGCGCACUAUGACUGGUGGCUGCUGCGGGAUGUGGAGCGGGCGGGAGGGAAACUUCUGGGAAGCGAUGGAGGGGUGGAUGGGACUGGAGCCAGGAGAGUUGGCAACAGUGGUCCUGGCAGCAGCAGCAGCAGUGCUGGUGGUGGCGGUGGUGGUGAGAAGGAUGGGAGUGGAGGGGAAUUGGGAAGGGAGGGGGAGAUGCAGUGUAAGUUCCGGGGGCAGGUUUUGUCGCCGCAACGGUUGCUUGCAGUCCAGUAUCGGCUCAAUAGGAAGGAGAUGCUGAUGGCUGUUAUAAGAAGGCUAGAAGCUGGACUGUAGGAGAGGUAACUGUACCUGUCUUUUAAAUCGUACCUUAAUAAACAAUUAUGCCCUCGAUUUGUAGAUGGGAGCUCGCCUCUUGUGCUCAUUGUACAAGUUACGUUCCUUGCAUUUUGAAU